AGAGAGAGAGAGAGAGAGUAGGAGUGAGGAUGAGAGAGUGCAACAGCGUGCUGGGGUAGAUGAGCCAAGCUCACAUAUCCACUGACACACACCACAGAGUGAAGAGAGAGAGAGGGAGAGAGAGAGAGACAGAGAAAGGAGAGUGUGUGUUUGAUUAUGUGUAUAUGUGUGAGAGAAGAGGGGAUAGAGAUAGAAAGCAGAAAAAGAAGGACAGUGAAUGAAAGUGGGAGGACUGUUUCUAUUUGCCUGUGCAUUCUCAUUUUCUUGGCACUCUUGACAGUUCACGUGGAUGAGGAAAAGAGACUUUGAAUGUUUACACCUCCUCUGUUUAAUGCUCCUCUCCAGGGGCAACUCUGGACACCUCAGGGAAUUCUGGGAUUUUACCGAACCGGACCCUCAAGGAGCUUAUCAAUAUGUAGUCUCUGACACAAGUAUCCGUAGAUCAUCUGGGAAUCGGUGAGGCGGCUGGGAGAGCAGGUACCUGCUGCAAGUCUCCGUCCACAGAGGUUCUUCUGCUCUGUCUUCUUUUGGCAGGGUGCUGGGGGGAAUGGAGCUGAGGGGGAUUUUGCUUUUGAGGCACUGCAUGGUCCACACAAGCUCUGGUCCAAUCCUUCAAUGGACAAUCGCCAAGCCAGGAGCCAUGGCUAAAGGACUCAUCAUUUACCCACUGAAUAGGUCAACCAGCCUUUGAACAGAGCUACCGAAUCUACUCAUACACUGGAACACACCACUAUUUUCAUGCACAAACAGAACGGAUUCACAGUAACAAAUGACUAUACGCUUAUUUUCGAUCACUGAUCCCUAGAGUGCCAUGGAUUUACAAUUCAUUAUAGCAAUGGUAUAAAAGGAUCGAAAGGUCACUGUUAACAAGGGGUCUUGGAAAUGACCCUUCCACACUCACACAACUGCUGACCUCGCCAGUUCUUUGACCUUGGUUCACUUGGUGGAGGCUUAUGUAAAUCAACAACAGCAAAUCAAUGAGCAUUUAUCACCAAGGUUGGUCUAUAAAAUCUUAAUUAUGGGAAUACAGCGCAGCCAACAGGAAGGCACCUUGAAAUGGAGCAGGGCUUUUCAAAGUCUAUGAAAGAAGAGCUGAGGCUUUAAUGGAGGCUGCUAUUUUUGUGCCGUAGUGUGGAUGUAAAAAUAAACAUCGAAUUUGUAAGAUUACACUGUACAUUGAAAAUUUUCUCUCUUGUCCGAAUUCCUCUGUUAGUUCUCUGCUUUGCCCAACCCUAUAGAAGUGAGAUAGGAGUAGGUUUAGAAGAACUAGGCUGGUUUUAUCCACAAUCCAUUCAUCCUGUUACCAUCCACCCAUUCCACUCUUACCUAAGCAAACAAAGUGAGAUGGGUAGGUGGACACUGGUUUCUUCCCUGCUAAACCCAAGGGCUACCCUAACUUUGAGAAACUAAAAGAGAACUCCUGCUGAAGCUGUUUUGGAGACCAGGAGGUGUGACUUCUCUGGUGGAUUACAAGGAUUACAAGGUGCCCAACACUUCCUUGAAAAGCCAUGCUUGGGUUUGAUGGUCGACUUGGACUCCACCCAGAAUCUUCUGGGCCAACCACAGACUGUGGAGACUGAGAGAAGACAAAGCUCAGGAGAGGGGAUAAUGCACAAGCCUAUCCCCUCGGCACAGGAGGAAGAAGGCACCAUGAGCAACGUCACAGUCUUGGACAUCACAGAGUCCGCAAGCCCAGGCAUGGCAGCGGAUGAGCCGCACCCGUAUCCCCUCAGCUUCCAGGUGUCACUCACCGGCUUCCUCAUGCUGGAGAUUGUGCUAGGCCUGAGCAGUAACCUGACAGUCCUGGCGCUCUACUGCACCAAGUCGAACCUGGUCAGCUCAGUCAGCAACCUGGUCACCAUGAACCUGCACGUGUUGGACGUGCUGGUUUGCGUGUGCUGCAUCCCGCUGACCAUCGUGGUGCUGCUGCUCUCACUGCAGGGCGACACUGUGCUUGUCUGCUGCUUCCACGAGGCCUGUGUGUCCUUUGCCAGCGUGGCCACGGCUGCCAAUGUGCUGGCCAUCACACUGGAUCGCUACGACAUCUCUGUCAAGCCAGCCAACCGUGUGCUGACCAUGGGCCGUGCUGCCGCGUUGCUGGGGGCUAUCUGGGUCCUCUCCUUUCUCAGCUUCCUCGUUCCUUUUGUGGAGGUAGGUUUCCUAGGGCCAGAGCCCACUGUAGCCAACCAGACAGCUGUGGCGCACGUGAAUGAAUAUUACACAGAGCUGGGCCUCUAUUACCACCUGGUGGCCCAAAUCCCCAUCUUCUGCUUCACAGCCGUGGUCAUGUUGGUCACCUACUCCAAGAUCCUGCAGGCGCUCAACAUCCGCAUUGGCACACGCUUCCACCAUGGCUCACAGAAGAAAAAGAGGAAGAAAAAGAAGACGAACGCAUCGACACGGUGGAAAAAGGACAUGUCACUAAUGGCUGCCUCUCCGCAGCAGCUGCCCGAAACGGCGGACGGAUCACAGAGCAGUGCUGGAACCCGGGCUACGGCGCCAUUGGGCAUGCGCACAUCAGUGUCUGUAAUCAUUGCCCUUAGACGCGCGGUCAAGCGGCACCGGGAGCGGCGCGAGCGGCAGAAGCGCGUCUUCCGUAUGUCCCUGCUCAUCAUCUCCACCUUCCUGCUGUGCUGGACGCCCAUCACCGUGCUGAACAGCAUCAUCCUGAGCACGGGGCCCAGCGACCUCACCGUCAAGCUGCGCCUGGGCCUUCUGGUCAUGGCCUAUGGCACCACAGUCUUCCACCCGCUGCUCUAUGCCUUCACGCGGCAGAAGUUCCAGAAGGUCCUCAAGAGCAAGAUGAAGAAGCGGGUGGUGUCCAUCAUCGAGGCAGAGCCACUACCCACCAAUUCAGUCAUAAAGAAUUCAUGGAUCGAUCCGAAGAGGAACAAAAAAGUGACGUUCGAGGAUCAGGAGGCCAGACAAAAGUGUUUGUCUUCUGAAGAUGUUGACUAGGAACUUAUUAUAAAGCGUAGACAAUGACAUAUACUUGUAGCCUCAAAAACUCAACAAGUCUCCAGUCUUUCGUAGAGGGAAGAGCCUACUUCAAGGUUGUGAUGUAGACAGAAGUGUAUUAAAUGUGCGUAUGACGUUCAAUAUUCAUUUAUUACUAUUUAUAUGGACUUCAGAUUUAGUACAAUAGGAUGACAUUCACUGUGCUGAAAAGAAAACACUGCAUGUUUUUGUAAUACUGUAAAUAAGUCAAUAUUGGAGAUGUAUAUAUACUCUAUAUGAAAUACUCUAUGUACCGAUAUUAGAAUCUAUAGGCUGAAUAUACAUGUAUUUGUAAUAAAUUAGGCCAAA